AUGGGUAAGACGUCGAAUUUAAACACUGGUGAAAUAGUUUUGUCAGCAAUAAAGAAAAUGACUAAAAACACGGGUUGGACAACUAGAACAAUUGUGAAAUUUAUUAAAAUUGAAUACGGUAUUAAUGAUAACAAAAUCAGUAAAAAAGUUGCAAGGGCUUUAAAACGUGGAGUUAAAUUAGGUUUAUUACAAAUGGAAAGCGGAAGAUAUCGUUUGAACCAUAUGUCGCGAUUGGUCCGACCCAUUGAAGCUAGAGAGAUACGUUUUCGAAAUCGACCAAGGCGUCAAAAGGCAAUGCGCGCAAUGUAUAAUGAUGAUCUUCAAAAGAAAUUGCAGUACAGUUAG